ACCCAUCAAUAUCAUGGCACUUGGAGCUUCAAUCACUGCAGGUUUCUACUGUAAUGGUCUCAAAUUUCAUCCAUACUCAACUAGACUUUCUAAAUUACUUUCAAAUUUAAAGAAUAUUCCAUAUCAUGUUGAACCUUUCGGAUUGAGUGGUGAAAGGACUGAUAGGAUGAAAAUUCGUCUUGAUCAAAUAUUCAAUUAUUAUCCACCUGAAUCCUUUGACGGUGUCAUUAUCAUUGCAGGAACAAAUGAUUUAAUAUCUUGUGAAUCGGAUGAUACUAUUGGAAACUUGAUUGAAAUGUAUGAAAGAUGUUUACAAUAUAAUCAUUUCAGAUUCGUGGUAGCUUGCUCCAUUCCAUCAAGUGCAUUUGAUGUAAAAUCUGAAUAUCUCAAUAAGAAAUCAAAAAUCAACAAUGCCCUUAGAGAAUUUGUUGAAAAAUCUAAAAAUCCGAAACUAUUGUUCAUUGAUUUAAUGGAAGAAUUGAAUUUUUGUAAAUGCACAGAAGAGGAACAAUCCAAAUAUUGGGAUGAUCCAAUUCAUUUCACUCCAGAUGGUUAUGAUCGAAUUGCAGACAUUCUAUUCGAAAAACUUCAACAAAAUCCUCAUUUACUUUAACUCUCCCAAUCUUCUUUGAAAUAUACAGAUAAAUGAACUCUGUUGAAAUCAUGUGAUGACUCACCGCAUACGUUGAACUCCUUUUCAUCAUCAUCCUACGAAUUAAAAUUAAAUAUCGGGUGAUGACGAAGAUGAUGAGCGGUAGAAAAAACAAACGACGUCAUCACAAAAUCU